UCUUUUCUCAUAGUCUCUUUAUGUUGAAGCGAGUGAUCCAAUUUGGUGUGAUGAAGCUGAAUAUGGGAGAUCAGCAAACUGAGAGUCACAUUCCUACUGUAACCCACAAAGAAGGUCCAGACUCCAAAUUCGAAAAAACUAGCCUAAAUGCUCUGUCCACCAAUUCGAGUGAAACAGCAGACUGGAAGAAAGGUGGACGUCUCAUGUCGGGCCUGAUUGGAAUACAUAUAGUUUUGCUUGGAUGUGCGUUAGUUAGCAGUGGUGCUUUUUAUGAGGUGGCAGUGGUGGAGCGAGAAGUCCUUUCUUAUCUCAGUGUCCUUAUGUGCCUCACUGGCUGCUGGAUGGUCACUUAUCUCUUGUGGACGGCAAGAUACAAUAACGGCAUCAUUCCAAAAGACUCACAUGCUGGACCAAUUUGGCUGAGAGGGGGUUUGGUUCUAUUUGGUGUCUGCACAUUGGUUCUUGAUGUCCUGAAGAUUGGAAAAUCAGUUACACUGAGUCACUGUGAGUCUCCACUCAAAAUUGUUCACCCGGUUAUUCAAGGCCUCUUUGUAGUGAUGCAGACAUACUUUCUGUGGGUAUCGAGUCAAGACUGCAUACAGAUUCACAUGAAUUUGACCAGAUGUGGUCUCAUGUUGACACUCAGUACUAACCUGAUUAUAUGGAUGGCCGCUGUGACAGAUGAAUCCAUGCAUCAAUCAGUCCAUGAAGAGUCCCCAGUGGUCAAUGAUACACAGGGUGGUCACAGAGCUGGUGGAGGAUCAUCUGGCUGUGACUGCGUAACGGAAAUAUGUAAAUCUUUCGAGACUGGGUAUUAUUAUCUAUACCCAUUUAAUAUUGAAUACAGCCUUUUUGCAUCAGCCAUGGCAUAUGUGAUGUGGAAGAAUGUAGGACGUGUUUUGAUGAAUCAUCAUUCACACCAAACACAACAUUCCUUUAACGUAAAAAAACACAUUAUGGGACUUGUCUUUGGGAUUGUGCUGCUUGUAACUGGUCUAGGUGUCUUCAUUGUCUAUGAGAUUGAAGUAAAUUCAGAGGAAACUAAAUCACAAGCACUCAUUAUGUUCUACAUAUUCAACAUAGUAGCACUCAGCCUAAUGUCAGCAAGUUCCCUUGUGGCUUUAAUUAUCUACAGGCUUGAUAAAAGAGACAUGGAUGGCCACAAAAACCCCACUCGAGCCCUGGACGUUACCUUGCUCAUUGGGGCUGCUCUUGGACAAAUUUGUAUAUCAUAUUACUCUAUAAUAGCCAUUAUUGCCACUUCUCCUGGGAAUGAACUUGAAAGCAUGAAUCUGGUGUACGCUCUUCUUAUGAUUGUACAGCUCACCCUGCAAAAUGUUUUCAUUAUAGAGGGUUUACACAGAAAGCCUAUAGAUGAUAACUUUCAUAUGCAUCAUGCUUCUGAGGCUAUCCACGACAAGAAUCCCCACAGGGAAGUCUACAGUAACCCGAUGGCUAUUCAUUCCAUAGACAAUCAUUCUGGGCCUGGUCAUGUGAAUGAGCUAGAUGCCAAUCAUCAUGAGUCGAACCACCACUCCACUCUACGAGAUGUACAUAAUGGUUGGAAAAGUAAAUUCCUGAGGGAGAUCUCUUUGUUCCUGCUUCUUUCUAACAUAAUUUUCUGGAUCAUGCCAGCCUUCGGUGCUCGACCUCAGUUUGAUAAUGGCCUGGAGUUGAAUUUUUAUGGCUACCCGAUGUGGGUCGCCAUUGUCAACAUUGGACUUCCUUUUGGCAUCUUCUAUAGGAUGCAUUCAGUUGCUAGCCUUCUAGAAGUCUGUGUCAUGUCCUAAAAAGGUUGAUACAAAAGAUUUGAACAUCACCAUCUAUUAAACUGUUUCAAGCUAUGGAAGAUUAAUGUUCUAAAUUGUGUCCAUUUCCGCUUGGAAAGACAUUGUAACUCGAAGACCAACUGUCAGUCUGUCUCAUCUAAACUUUUUGAAAAAAUAAGAGUGUCUUUAAUUCCAGACAAAUACAUACCCUGUAAAUUGGAACAUUGCUCUUUCUGUACAUACCUUCAUGUAUAUAGCAUUGUCUUGCAAGAUGUUUUAUUUAAUCUUAAUGAUGUAGUAAUAUA